AUGGAUGAUAUGAUUUUCACCAAAAAUAAUCCAAGUAUGUUCAAUGACUUUAAGAAAGUUAUUGCUAAAGAAUUUGAAAUGACAGACAUUGGUGAAAUGUCAUACUUUUUUGGAGUCAAAGUGAAACAAAUGAGAUGUGGCAUAUUUAUGUCUCAAAAGAAAUAUGCGGAGCAAAUUCUAAAAAAGUUCAGAAUGCAAGAUUGUAAGCUUGUAGCUACGCCAGCAGAACCAUGCAUGAAGUUAAGUGUUGACUCAACAAGCGAGCAAGUUAAUCCAACUUUCUUUAAAAGCGUAAUUAGAAGUUUAAGUUAUUUGACUAUCUCGUGGCCAGAUAUUAUGUACGCAGUUGGACUGGUUAGCAUAUUUAUGAAAAAGCCAAAACAAGAUCAUUGGGUUGACACAAAGAGAAUUUUGAGAUACAUUAAAGGUACGGUGAAUCAUGGUCUCUUUUAUACACACUUCAAAAAUUCGAAAUUGGUUGGUUACUCAGACAGUGAUUAUGGGGGAGACUUGGAUGAUCGAAAAAGCACGUCUGAAUAUUUAUUCCAUCUUGGCUCAGCAACAUUUUCAUGGUCAUCAAAGAAACAACAAACUAUUGCUCUUUCAACAUGUGAAGCAGAAUAUAUAGCUGCGACAGCAUGUACCUGUCAAGCAAUUUGGUUGAAGAAUAUUUUGGAAGAAUUGUCUUUUGCACAAGACUAUCCGAUCAAAAUUUAUGUCGACAACAAAUCUACCAUAUCACUCGCAAAGAAUUCGGUGCCAUACAGUCAAAGCAAGCACAUUGAUACAAAAUAUCAUUUUUUCUGUUAA